GGGUCUCACCGCCCCGCUACGAGUCCACUGCCUAAUUCACCAGCAAGCACUGUGCUGCAAAGUGUUGAAGUGGGAUUCUGUAAUGAAGGUUGUGGUCUCGUGCAUAAACUUCAUCAGAGCAAAGGGACUUAAACACAGGCAGUUCCAAGAAUUCCUGUCUGAACUGGAGUCUACGCACGGAGAUGUGCUGUACUACACAGAGGUCCGAUGGCUGAGCCGGGGCAGAGUUUUGAGGCGUUUUUACGAGCUGCUACCCGAAAUUAACGCAUUUCUUCAUUUAAAAGACAAAACGGUCCCAGAGCUGAUCGACCCAGAAUGGAAAUGGCACCUCGCAUUUUUAACAGACGUGACAGAAAUACUUAACAGCCUUAACUUGCAGCUACAAGGCGAGGGGAAACUCAUUUGCGACAUGUAUUCACACAUAAAAGCAUUUGAGGUGAAAUUAGCGCUGCUUUUGGAACAAGUGAAAAAGCGCAACUUCGUCCAUCUUCCUGCUACCCAAAACCUGUCGACAGAGAACCCAGCGGUCCCGUUCCCAGCUGAAAAGUGCGUGGAAGCACUGGAAAUGCUGAAGGCGGAGUUCGGUGUGCGAUUCAGUGAACUACAUGUUCAUGCAAAAGAAAUCCGUCUUUUUCAGAACCCCUUUGUUGCCGACAUUGAUGAAGCCCAGCCUUCAUAUCAGUUUGAGUUGGCUGAGUUACAGAACUGUGAUGUUCUGAAAGACACAUUCAAGCCAAACAGUCUCAUUGACUUCUAUGCCGCCCUCCCAAACGACACAUAUCCAAACAUCAAAAAACACGCAAUGAAAAUGUCCACAGUUUUUGGCAGCACGUAUAUCUGCGAGAAAACCUUUUCUCGCAUGAAACUGCUGAAAACCCCGAUGAGAUCAAGAUUGACAGAUGAACAUUUGCAUCAGUGCUUGAGACUGGCUGUAACUAGAAUGGAACCUGAUAUUCAACUUCUCACCAGCCAGAUGCAGGCCCACAGUUCACACUGAUGAACAUGCAUAGGGAGGUUGAUGAGAGAGAGCUGCAAACAGCGGUGUCUACAAGCCUACUGGAACCUACAAAAGGAUUAUAAGGAAGGAACACAAGAACUUUAAGAGACUGCUCAUAUGUGUCAGAGAGAUUCUGCUCUGACAACUGAGCUGAACUUUUAUCUGUUAAGAUUGUGCAUGGCACGACAGAAAGUUAAUGUUCCAUGGCUUUUUUUUCUAUGAAGAACCCAGAGAGAGUUCAUUUAGUUAUUAUUUAUUUCCUGUUUUUUCUGUGAAGAACUCAGAGAGGGUUAUUUAGUUAUUAUUUAUUUCAUUAAUAGUGUUAUUAUUUGUUUCCUGACUUUUUUUCUGUAAAGAACCUGGAAAGGGUUAUUUGGUUAUGUGUGGCUUUCUGGAAAACAAUACAUUUUUUAAGCUCCCCUACGAUCGUCACACUUUUUCUGUUACAAACUGACACCGGCCCCCCAUCAGAGAAGGGAAAAGUUAUGUGGCCCUCACAGGAAAAAGUUUGGGGACCCCUGCUGUAAUGGCUGCUAAAGCAAAGUACUGAGUAAAAGGUAUAAAUAGUUAUAUAAAUGUUUUUGCUUUGUCAUUAUGGGGUAUUGUGUGUAGAUUGGUGAGAAACUAUGUCAUUGAU